AUGUUAAAAAGCAUGUAUCCUAGGUUGUUGGUUUUUGACCAUACUCAUUUGAAGAUGGCAUGGGUUAAGCAUCAAAUCCAGCAGAAAGAUGGUUACUUGAGCUACUCACCACCCCUUUUGUCUUCAUCUUCUUCUUCACCCCCUUACCCUCCUGGUGCUGCUUUCCACAAAGAAUCAUCUUCAACAACACCACCUUCAUCAUCUGGCACUAGAAUUAGUCCUGCUGUUCUAUUCAUCAUAGUGGUUCUUGCUGUUUUGUUUUUCAUCUCUGGCCUCCUUCACCUGCUUGUUAGAUUUCUCAUAAAGCACCCAUCUUCUCCUUCAUCUGCUCAAUCCAACAGACACCCAGAAAUUUCCACAUCUGAUGCUCUCCAGAGGCAGCUGCAGCAGCUCUUCCAUCUCCAUGACUCUGGCUUGGAUCAAGCUUUCAUUGAUGCUCUUCCUGUCUUUCAGUACAAGGAGAUUGUAGGGUUGAAAGAGCCUUUUGACUGUGCUGUUUGUCUGUGUGAGUUUUCUGAGAAGGAUAAGCUCAGGUUGUUACCUGUUUGCAGCCAUGCUUUUCACAUCAGUUGUAUAGACACAUGGCUUUUGUCAAACUCCACAUGCCCUCUUUGUAGAGGAACACUUCUUACUCAUGGAUUUUCUAUUGAAAACCCUAUAUUUGAUUUUGAUGAUCUGAGGGAGGAUGAAGGGUGUCCUUGUAAUGGAGAGAGUGGAUUCGGUACUAGACAGAAAACGGUAGUGGUUGAAGAAAGUGUGGAGAAAGGAGUUUUCCCUGUGAGGCUUGGGAAAUUCAAGAAGCUGAAUGGGGAGGGUGGGGAGAGUGAAGUGGGAGAGACAAGUAGCAGUAAUUUGGAUGCAAGAAGGUGUUACUCAAUGGGGUCUUACCAAUAUGUGGUUGGCAAUUCAGACCUCAGGGUGGCCUUAAACCAUGAAAGUGGUAAAGGUCAAGUCACAAGGCACACCAAAGGAAUGGAACAUGAUGGGAAGCUUUCAGUGGAGGGGGAUGUGGAAGCAAAGAAGAUUAGUAGUGUCAGUAAAGGUGACAGCUUUUCUGUGUCCAAAAUCUGGAUGUGGCCAAAGAAGGGGAAAUUACCUACUUCUUUGGAUGCUCAAAUGGGCAUGCCAAUGCCAUCUUUUCUAAACACAGAUUUUCAAAGGAGGAGGGAAACAGAAGGGGCAUGA